CUUUGGGAGGCCAAGGCUGGAGGAUCACUUGAGCCCAGGAGUUUUCGAGCAGGCUCUCUUUUAAAAAAAUAGAAAAUAAACUAGCCGGGCGCAGCAUAGACCCCUCACUGUGCUCCGAGGUGGGAGAAUCACCUGAGUCCAGCGAGAUCAAGGCUGUAGUGAGGCGUGUUUGCGCCACUGCACUCCAGCCUGAGCAACAGCGUAAGACCUUGUAUCCAAAAAAAAAAAAGAAAAAAAAAAAAAGUCUUCUGGUGCAAAGCCUCACUGUAAGGUCCCUGGGCUCAAUGCUCAGCGCUCUGGGAUCUGAAUGCGGAAAAGUAAGUGCCAAGGGGGUGUCCACCUGAGCUCCGAAGGACUAGGUACUUACGGUAAGAGCAUGGCUCUGGAUUCCAGUCCUGACCUCUCUGUGACCUCAGUCUCCUCCCGGGAGAGGAUGAAAAGCGAAGUUGGAUGCACUCUAUAGUGAUCGCUGUGAUCGUCAUUAUGAGUCUUACUCCCCCCGAUUCGGACAAACUCAAGGCCAGGCUAUGGAGUCCAUCUCAUACUGACACAGCAACUGUAAAAUGGAGACAUGGUGGCCCAGGGAGCUACUGACCUGAGCCUGGGGGCCUCGACAGUCCAGCCGCUGGGGGCUCCAUGUGGCACUGCGGGAUCAGCCUGCGGUCUCCACCAGACUCCAGCUCUCCAGAGACCCGCACGCCAUGGGCGCUACCCGCGUCACCUCAGUGAGUGCUCACAAGUCUGUGAGGUAGGCGGCGCCACAGAGAAACUGAGGCGCGGGAACCCAAGGCACCUGUCCAGCUUCUCAGCCGACCGUGAAGCGCGCUCGGGGCUGGCAUCCACAGGGCCUGGCUCCACGAUCUCCCUGUCAGCGCCUGAAGGCCCUUCGCACCUCCAGGGGGCGCUGGCCUGCGCACACGGGCAAUGGUCGCAUCCGCCUCCCCUUUAAGAGGAUUCCUUUUGCCUCCUCCGACCCUUUCGCUUCCGCUCCGCGUUCCCACAAUGCAGUGCGACUGAGCGCCUCGGAGCCCGCGGGGACGCUGCGGGGGGACCCGUGCUGAGGCGGCGGCGGCGGCGACGUGGGCUGCGGCGGGCCCGCGGCGUCGGGCGGUGCGGAUGUCGGGCUGGGCGGACGAGCGCGGCGGCGAGGGCGACGGGCGCAUCUACGUUGGGGACCUUCCGACCGACGUGCGCGAGAAGGACCUGGAGGACCUGUUCUACAAGUACGGCCGCAUCCGCGAGAUCGAGCUCAAGAACCGGCACGGCCUUGUGCCCUUCGCCUUCGUGCGCUUCGAGGACCCCCGAGAUGCAGAGGAUGCAAUUUAUGGAAGGAAUGGUUAUGAUUAUGGCCAGUGUCGGCUUCGUGUGGAGUUCCCCAGGACUUAUGGAGGUCGGGGUGGGUGGCCCCGUGGUGGGAGGAAUGGGCCUCCUACAAGAAGAUCUGAUUUCCGAGUUCUUGUUUCAGGACUUCCUCCAUCAGGCAGCUGGCAGGACCUGAAGGAUCACAUGCGAGAAGGGGAUGUCUGUUAUGCCGAUGUGCAGAAGGAUGGAGUGGGGAUGGUUGAGUAUCUCAGAAAAGAAGACAUGGAAUAUGCCCUGCGUAAACUGGAUGAUACCAAAUUCCGCUCUCAUGAGGGUGAAACUUCCUACAUCCGAGUUUAUCCUGAGAGAAGCACCAGCUAUGGCUACUCACGGUCUCGGUCUGGGUCAAGGGGCCGUGACUCUCCAUACCAAAGCAGGGGUUCCCCACACUACUUCUCUCCUUCAGGCCCUACUGAGAUAGGUGAUGGGAAUGUUUUCUUUAUUUUUUAGGUUAACUGAGCUGCUUUGUGCUCAGAAUCUACAUUCCAGAUUGAUCAUUUAGUGUCUUAGGAAAUUUUUUAAUUUUUUUUUAAAAGAAAAAACCUACAUAAUUUCUACCAGGGCCAUAUUAGCAGUGAAACAUGUUAAACUGCAGAAAUUGUGGUUUUGGUUCAGAAGCAAGUUGUAUAUUUUUCACCCAAUUAUGGGAAAAAAAUCAGUUCUGUCUUUGUGGGUUACUCUGCCAUGGAGAUCAGCAGUUACUGUUACUGAGUUGGCCCAUUCUGUUUAGAAAUAUAUUUUAAACGUUAGUA